CCCCUAGCUUUCCCACUGUUGCCAUGGCCGCAUAGUGUCUCCAUGUCAACUGCUGAAGCGACAUUAACAGUUGUAGGAAAGGCAGUUAGCAAGGAGGACAGGGGAUGGCGGACACGGGUGACAGCAAGAAGGAGGAGGCCGACUACAAGAGACUCCACAGCUUCCCUCUCAUUAGGCACACAGACAUGCCAGAGGAGAUGAGGGUUGAGACCAUGGAGCUGUGUGUCACCGCCUGUGAGAAAUUUGCCUCCAACAACGAGAGCGCGGCCAAGAUGAUCAAGGAGGCGAUGGACAAGAAGUUUGGCAGCUCGUGGCACGUGGUGAUCGGCGAGGGCUUCGGGUUCGAGGUGACGCACGAGGUGAAGAACCUGCUCUACAUGUUCUUUGGCGGCAGCCUGGCCGUCUGCGUCUGGAAGUGCUCCUAGCACCGCACGCCACGCGCGCACCCAUCUCCCACCUUCCAAGGGACUGUAACACACACACACACACACACACACACACACACACACACACACACACACACACACACACACACACACACACACACACACACACGAUGUAUACAGUAACAUACACACACACACACACAUUAACACAAAAACAUUAACACAAAAACACACACAACUCUUAAACAUGAGCCAGUUCCAGUUGGCUUUUCUGGAAUGUCACUACCUACUGUUUUUUAGUAUUUAUAAUGCAACACACACACUACAACACACACACACACACACAGACACACACACACACACACACACACACACACACACACACACACACACACACACACACACACACACACACACACACACACACAAUUGUGUGAUUGGGCUGGACGAGCCCAGAGUGUAUCCAUUGGGGCGGACGAAGAGUAAAAGAGGGACACGUUGUGAAAUAAUAACCAGCCUCUAAUAUGCAGUCGACUUAACUGCCUGA